UACGUUCAGCGUUAUGAAUAAAGUUUGUUCCCGUGCUCCUGUGAAUCAUGAUAGCGAGUGUGAUGUUUUACGCGCUCUAUCCGCUCUCGAGGUUCAUCGGCAGACUCUCAGAAUUGUGGUGCAAGGCACCGUCUGUGUAUGUUAAUGGGAAAGAGGUCUGGGAUGGUGGCGGCGCUGUUUCUGGACCGCAGCAGACGGGCCUGUCACUGCAGUGGCACAGCGCUGGAGACACCGACACCGGCCGCGAUCCAGACCACACGGAGACAGAGAGUCCUCAGGGAGCGCUGGAGAUUGCCUGCAUGGAAACUAGUGUGAACGAUGGACGCGCAGACGAUGAGAAAGCGGCUUUGGUGCUGGAGGAAGAAACUGAUGAUCGUGACCCUGUGAUGAACGAGUGUGUGUUUACCAGAACUGAGUGUGAGAGUCAGUCUGAACACAGCUGUGCUCAUGCAGUCGAGAUCGAUGCGGCACAUGAUGAUGACCGUGUGAUGGAUUCCUCCCUGUCUGACAUGUUCCUGGGCUCUGGCUCUGGAAGCGAGGCUCCUCUACACGCCGGCUGCCCAGUGUUUGAUCUGGCGGCUCUGCUUGCAGACUCUCAGACGGCAGCGGAGCCCUUCGGCUGGCACUUCCCCACCGGCCUCGGCCUGUCUCAGAUGUGUUACCGCCCGUACGUGCAGUUCCCUGCCGUCAGCUACUAUCCUGCCUUUCAAGACAGUGACAGUAUUGAAGUGACGUGGCGAGUGUGGGAGGACUUCAGCGAAUCCCGGACCGGCGCCUGUGUGGACGCGGCUGAUGCGUUUGACUUCAGCAUCAUGUCCUACAAUAUCCUGGCCCAGGAUCUGCUGGAAGCGAAUCCCGAUCUGUACACACACUGCCCGGAGGAGGUGUUAGCGUGGGACGCCCGGCUCCGGACCAUCCUGAAGGAGCUGCAGAUCUGGCAACCGGACGUUAUUUGUCUUCAAGAAGUUCAAGAAGAUCACUUUCAUAAGCAGAUGUGUCCUGUCCUGACUGAAAUGGGUUACACCUGCAUCUACAAACGCCGCACAGGAUCCAAAACGGACGGCUGUGCGGUGUGUUAUCGCAUCGAGCGCUUUACCCAGCUCUCCGUGAAGCUGCUGGAGUUUCGGCGACCCGAGUGCGAGCUGCUGGAUCGGGACAACGUGGGCAUCGUGCUUCUCCUCCAGCCGCUGUCAGCGCAGAGCGCCGCGCUCAGCCCCGUGUGUGUGGCCAACACACACCUGCUGUUCAACCCCAGGAGAGGAGACGUGAAGCUCGCGCAGAUGGCCAUCGUGUUCGCGGAGAUCGACGUCAUGAUCCAGAAAUGCAGGAGUGCAGGACGGCGCUGUGAGGUGGUCUUAUGUGGGGACUUUAACGCUUUACCCAACAGCCCUCUGUGGAGGUUCAUCAGCAGCGGACAGCUCUACUACCACGGGUUACCAACCUGGAUGGUUUCAGGACAGACGGAUCUGUCACAUAAAGUCCAUCACGCAAGGCUUUUCGCCCCCUUGUGGCCCAGCAGCCUCGGCGUCAGUGACCGCUGUCAGUACAAGUCUGAAUCGCAGACCGCAGCUUCAGGUAUUUUCCCAGUGUAUAAUCGCCAGUACAGCCAUGAGUCGAUGCUUCAGCUGCGUUACUGUCCGGCGGCGUGUGUGCGGCCCGCGGACCUGGAGCUCAUACCAGGAGUCACCGACAAAACACCAGACCCAGAAGACAUGGACAUGUUCAGUAGAAGGUUCGGGCACACCUUGCAUCACUCGCUGAGCCUGGCGUCAGCUUACAGUGAGGUGCGUCCCGACACUCAGACGCCUGCGGUCUCCACACUGAACUCAGACGGGGCGGCCAUGGUCGACUACAUCUUCUACUCCACCCAGAGGAGCGGGUCUGCUGGAGAGGAAGAGAGCGCUGGCGGUUUGCAGAUGUUGGGUCGUCUGUCUCUGCUGUCGGAGGCUGAUCUCUGGUCUCUGAAGGGUCUUCCCAACCAAACCUUCCCCUCCGAUCACCUCAGUCUGCUGGUCAAGCUCCAGCUCCGCUCACUGUCCCACUCUGAUAGUCGUCUAGUGUAAGGACUGUUUGUCUUUAUCGCUUUAAUUGGAUUGUAAAUGGAAAAAAAUACAUUUUUGGUCAGAUGAAUAUUUUGUUUUCUAUUCAGUAACAGAACGUGUGAAUAUUCUCCAGCAUGGCAUUUGAUGAUGCACCAUUUACGGUUCCAGUAGUUUAAAUCAAAAUGCACUUGCAUUUAUGAUGCACUUUUUGUAUUUAUUUUGUUUUGGUUUUGAAUUUCUAUUUUGAACAGACCUAAAUAAAUAACUGCAUGUGCU